UAUCCCGCUAGCUCUAUCUCCGCACUUCCUGGCCGCCAUCACACGACCUGCCUCCGCUGUCGCAUACUGUCCACGAGCCGGCCAUUGCCAUCCACACCGCUCACACCCGCAGCUGCAUCCCUAGCAACCGCCCCCAGCCCCAGCCAUGGUAGUUGCGACAAUCAAGUGCGUCGUCGUCGGCGACGGUGCUGUCGGCAAGACAUGUCUCCUCAUCAGCUACACCACGAACAAGUUCCCCUCCGAAUACGUCCCGACCGUCUUCGACAACUAUGCUGUCACUGUAAUGAUUGGUGACGAGCCGUACACCCUUGGUCUCUUCGAUACUGCCGGACAGGAGGAUUACGACCGACUCCGGCCCCUUUCAUACCCGCAGACCGACGUCUUCCUGGUUUGCUUCUCCGUCACAUCGCCUGCAUCAUUCGAAAACGUACGCGAGAAAUGGUUCCCCGAGGUACAUCACCACUGCCCUGGUGUCCCGUGCUUGAUUGUCGGCACACAGGUCGAUCUAAGGGAAGACAACGCCGUCAAGGACAAGCUGUCAAAGCAGAGGAUGGCCCCGGUCAAGCGCGAGGAUGGUGAGCGAAUGGCGAGAGAGCUUGGCGCAGUCAAGUACGUCGAGUGCUCGGCUCUGACACAAUAUAAGCUGAAGGAUGUGUUUGAUGAGGCAAUUGUCGCAGCACUGGAGCCACCAGCAACAAGGAAAGAGGGCAAGGGACCGAAAAAGGAGAAGAAGUGCAUUAUCCUCUAAGGCACGGAUACGACAGUAGUGCAGUGGAGAGAGCAAGCUAGGUGGGCUUUGGUUUGCAGGACUUUUGACUGGGCGUAAUUUUUUUGGAUACCUCUCUGGCGCCAUCUGUGGGUAGCGGCUUUUCUUCGAAGUUAUGAAUUUGCCCAUGCUCGCUUGCACAAUGUUCCUUUCUGGCCAUUGAUCGUCUCUUACUUGGCCAUAAUAGACGCAGGAUGAGCGAAAACGACAGAAUCGAUCAUACCAUUGGCGACAGCCUUACACACCUCAA